UAAAGGUCCUCAAAGACCGUAUGAAUGAUGAUGGCCUGCGUUCUUUAAGUGACCUACAAACUGUGUACAAUUUACCAAGUUCCACAUUCUUCUUUUAUUUACAACUCAGAUCGGCCAUGAAUGCGUACGGUGUGCCAUGGGGUGUGCCUCUCCCAACCCAUCCCUUACAAAAACUUCUUGCCUCGCAGGGUCAGGCACGUGGCAUUGUUUCUAAAUUAUAUACAUUUAUUUUGGAUCCUCGUGCCAGAAAAUAUAUGGGGGAGAGACCUUUCCUUUAUGGGAGAUGUAGAAAUCUGCUGGGAUACAGUUUGGGAGAAUCUCCACAACACAUCCAAAAUCAUGGUAAAGUUCACAGAGCAAGCUGUCACAAAAAAGAGAAUAAAAUCAGUUUUCAAAAGCAAAGUAUUGAAAUAAACUUUGUUUCACUGAACAUGUGUGAUUACAUAGAAUUUUCUGUAUUCAACAAGUCACAACAAAACACUUAUCUCCAACAAAUAUCUUCAACAAUGACUUAGGAAAGCAAAAAUACUGUAACUGUACAUCUAAAAUAAUUUGUUUUGUUGUACUUUUUAGUAGCACAAAUGCCUAAACAGUACCGCCAUUUUGAAUGUCAAAGUUACGACACAGAGGCGUACUGUCCCAAUUCUCACAUUUCUGCUGCUUAUAAACCUGCGUACUUAUGAGCACUUGACUGAAUCCAUACUUCACAGAGGGGUGUAGGGCGCACACUGAGCUUUGGGACUGGGCCUAAGUGAUAAUGACCUCAUUAUUUGACUCAGGUGUGUUGAAGUGGAGACACACCUAAAGUUGCAGGAAAACGGCCCUUGAGGCAUGGAGUUGCCCACCCUUGCUCUAAGGGGUGUUAGCCUGCCUUCACAAGUUUUGUUUGUGAAACUGUCACCAGUUAUAAUUAUGCAAGAGUGUAGCAGUGUGUGUAAGUAGAUAAAAGGGACAGAGGAAAUCUAUAUUUUUAUAACAUAUGUGACCAUUGUUAUUGUUUGGCACCUCUCUGAUUACUGCUAUCAGAGAGGUGCUGAUUUUUACAUUUGUUCAGACAUCUUUUACGUGUUUUUUUAUAAGCUCAACUGCUUUAAUGUGUUGAUUUGCAAAGGAGAGAGCGCUUGGAGUUCAGCCGUUUCGCACCAGCUAUCCCUCCCAAUACGGAGCCUACACUGCCCCCUAUGGGUUUGACAUAUUUAGAACAACACACAAUAGUGUAAUUCAGCGGGUUUAUAUGGACGACCACUAUUUUUAAAACUGAUCAGCUGUGGACGAGAUUAUUUUAUAAAAACUAAUAUCUCUGCUACGUCGUUUUAAAAAGACCCAAGGUCUAAAAUUCAAACUACCUUGUAAGCGUCAAAAACACGGAUAAAUUACAGAAUAAAUAUACAACCCGCUUGCCAUACAAUUAGUUCUCUCAGCAGUUGUGCAGUUUGUGCUCUGUGGUGCUUUUAGCAGUGGAUCCGCAGCAAGAAGACAAAUGGGAGGAUUGUGGAAAGUUUCUGAACGCGUCAUGACAGUGAGGGGAUUGGACUGAUUCGGACCUGCGUCCUUCUGCGGAUCAGGCCCCGCUGUGUGAGUCGGGGGACAGGACUGCUUCUCUGAGCGGAACUCCGCCGGAGUUCUGCUUAAGUUCCCGGGCGGAGCAGCUGCCGCCUGCCUGCAAGCCACAUGGACCCUUCCCGCUGCAGAGCAUGCUGCUAGCGCCUGGCGGUCGGAAGGAGAACCGUGAGGCUGUGCAGACCACCGAACCCGAGCUCCACACGCCGCUGCUGCCUCCUAGUCAUGCGCACAGACCACCUCCGUUGAGGAUCCUAGUCGGGCUGAAGAUGUUCCUGACCUUCCUCUUCAGCUUCAUCGUUCCUCCGGUAUGGAGCGUUCACAUGUCGUGGGAAAAUUGGAGGUCAGCGCUGCGCAACGGAGGGGAUGAGUUCGAGCCGCCGACCUCCCAGCCGCACAUCGUCUUCAUCCUGGUGGAUGAUCAGGGCUUCCGGGAUGUUGGAUACCACGGCUCCGAGAUCAAAACUCCGAACUUGGACCGGCUGGCCGCACAGGGGGUGAAGCUGGAGAAUUACUACGUGCAGCCGCUCUGCAGCCCGUCCAGGAGUCAGCUGAUGACCGGCAGGUAUCAGAUCCACACAGGCCUACAACAUUCUAUCAUUCGUGCCACCCAGCCCAACUGCCUGCCUUUGGAGAAUAUCACUCUCCCCCAGAAGCUCAAAGAAGCAGGCUACUCCACCCACAUGGUGGGGAAGUGGCACCUCGGCUUUUACAAACGUGGCUGCCUUCCCACCCAACGAGGUUUCGACACUUUCUUCGGAUCUCUGCUUGGAAGUGGCGAUUACUACAGUCACUACAAAUGCGAAGGCCCCGGCAUGUGCGGCUAUGAUCUGUACGAAGGGGAAGAGGCCGCUUGGGAACAGGACCGCGGUUUGUACUCUACCGUGAUGUUCACUCGAAAGGCUGUCAGCAUCUUGGCCAAUCAUGAUCCCCACAAGCAACCCUUAUUUCUUUACUUGGCCUACCAGGCAGUUCAUUCCCCGUUGCAAGUUCCUGCUCGCUAUCUCGAGCGCUACAAGGGAAUUCCAAACCCACAUCGCCGAAAAUAUGCUGCCAUGGUUUCCUGUCUUGAUGAAGCCAUUCACAACCUGACCUUGGCCCUGAAACACUUUGGUUACUAUGACAACACAGUUAUAGUGUACUCCACAGACAAUGGGGGCCAGCCAUUAGCCGGUGGAAGUAACUGGCCCUUGAGGGGGAGUAAAGCCACCUACUGGGAGGGGGGCAUCAGGGCAGUAGGUUUUGUUCACAGUCCCCUGUUAGUCAAAAAAGGGUCAAAAUGUCAAACUUUGGUCCACAUAACUGACUGGUUUCCUACUCUAGUGACUCUGGGGGGAGGCACCUUAGAUGAAGAUCAAAACCUAGAUGGAUAUGACGUUUGGGAGGCUAUUAGUGAAGGUCGUCCAUCACCUCGCCUAGACAUUUUACAUAACAUCGACCCAAUUUACAUUAAAGCCAAGAAUGGCUCUUGGAAGGCGGGAUAUGGAUUGUGGAACACCGCUGUCCAAGCUGCGCUCCGAGUUGGCCACUGGAAGCUACUGACAGGUGUGCCAGGCUACAGUGACUGGGUGCCACCACAGACGUUCUCCAACCAACGACUAACCACUCGCCACCAUAAUGAACGUGUGCGUUGGGGCGGGGGUAAAUCCAUCUGGCUGUUCAACAUCACAGCUGAUCCUUAUGAGCGAGUAGACUUGUCUCAGCAAUACCCACACAUAGUAAAGAAGAUGCUGAUGCGGCUGGUACAGUACAACAAGACCGCUGUGCCAGUGCGCUACCCUGCAAAGGACCUGCGCUCCAACCCGCAGUACAACGGAGGAGUAUGGGGACCUUGGUACAAGGAUGAGAAGCAGGAGCAGGAUGAGGAGGAGAGAUAUAAUAACUUGUUUACAAACCAUUUUGGUAAAAGAAGGUGGAAAAAUAAAUCAAGGAAUAUAAAGUUAAAACGCAAAGCAGAAUAUUAGCUUAAAGGAUUCAUGAAGAAACCUCAGACUGCCUUUACUCAGGUAUUAACACUUCUUGUUUUAGGACAUUUUAACUCCAGGAAGUCUAAAUUGGACUCGACUAAACACUACAGUGAGAAAGUGUUUACAGAUUUCUUCUGUUUUUGCUUUUUUUCUGACUUAAAAAUUUCAGAUUUUAAUUUUAAUACCACACAGAAGUAACUUGAUUAAAUAGAAUAGGCAAUUUUCAAGUGAUUAUUUAAUUUAAGAGAAAAAGCUAGCCAAACCUGGCUAAAACUAUAUUCUCAUAAAGGUUUUUUUAUGCAAUUUGAAGUAUUGCAUUAGAAAAGAUUGAUGGAAAUGGCAAAAUUUUUAAUAAUUUCCUCACUUUCAGAAAAAAGUUUUUUUUUUUUUUUAUGUUUGCCUGAGAUGGUUUUUGGCUUUUCCAAAAAUAGAGUUGAUGUGUAAAAGACAGAAACACUUUUGCUUGAUGAGUUCUGAAGUAGUAAACAUCACCAUCCACUGAAGGGUCUGUGCCUUACCAGAGGCAUGAAACAAGUCAAAAUCCAAACCUCUGGCUCAGAGGGAUGGACUCUCCAUUUUUCUGAGAUGUGUGAUUCAUGCUAGUUAGCAACUUCUACAUCUAGUUUAUUACAGCCAUGUGUAGCGUCAACAUCAUGCUUUGCGGUUGAGUCACUCCAAACCACUAGAUGGAAACACACAGAAUAGUUUUUUGACUUUUUUGCAGCAUUUUAAAAGUUUGCAUGACAUCUUUAUGGAUGUGACAAAAACUAAUUACCCUCUAAACUUAAUGGCUGGUUGUGAUGGUAACAACUGCCACUUUAUGCUUUUUCUCCAUAGGAUCAUGUUACUUUGGACAGUUUUUCCUUUUAUAAAAAAAAUUAUAAUUUAUUCACAUAGGUUAUAUUUGCCUCAUGUGUUCAAUGACACAAAAUAUACAAUUGCAACAAAAGAAAUAAAAAACAGAAGACCUCUGUAAGGGAGUAGAUUCUUUUUCACAACACUACAUAGUGUGUAAGAUGUGCUGCUGGAUGCCUGACGGUGAUUUGUUCAGGCACUGAUGCCAUGUUUAGACGGUGAAGACCUCAGUUCAGUGUUUGGACUAUUUUUUCUUUACUUUUUUUUUAUAAGAAUCUAUUGUAUGACUGAACUGUUGUCACUUUUACAUUCAUGUUUCACUUAUAGUUGAAAAUGCAACUUUUUUUUUUGACUCUUGCCAUAAUUUUGAUGGUAAUGAAGUAAGACCCAUUCUUAUCAUGUUUUCUUUGUGGUGCUAUACUGUCGUGCUAGCAGAUUUAGGAUUUAUGUCAUGUUUGUGUUCAAAUAUGCUGCUUGUUAUAAGCAUACUUUGUACUUUAGAACAAUAACUGGUAGUUUGUUCUACCAGUUAGAAGUCUGCUCAGGCACCGGGCCAACCUGAAUCUAACUCGAGCAACAAAAUAAAGUCUUGGACAUUUA